UUCGCCAGGAAGCCCUAAAAACAGUGAAGACGAAGACUGAAUGUUCGAUUUCGCCAUUGCCAAACAUACUGGUUUGCGCGGAAUAACUCGAAUUUGGUUUUAAACGUUGAAGAUGGUGUUGGUACUAGCUUUAGGGGAUCUACAUGUACCCCAUAGAGCACCUGAUUUGCCUGCAAAGUUUAAGUCUAUGCUAGUCCCUGGCAAGAUCCAACAUAUCAUUUGCACUGGAAAUUUGUGCAUCAAAGAAGUACAUGACUACUUGAAGACUCUUUGUCCUGACUUGCAUAUUGCUCGAGGUGAAUAUGAUGAAGAGACACGAUAUCCAGAAACCAAAACACUAACCAUUGGUCAAUUUAAGUUGGGGCUGUGCCAUGGUCAUCAGGUUGUUCCAUGGGGGGACUUAGACUCCCUAGCCAUGCUUCAGAGGCAGCUGGAUGUAGAUAUACUCGUGACGGGUCAUACCCAUCAGUUCACUGCUUACAAACAUGAAGCAGGUGUUGUUAUUAACCCGGGAUCUGCAACCGGAGCCUACAGCAGCAUCACUUAUGAUGUUAACCCCAGCUUUGUCCUCAUGGACAUCGAUGGCCUUCGUGUCGUGGUUUAUGUCUAUGAACUCAUCGACGGAGAGGUUAAGGUUGACAAGAUUGACUUUAAGAAGUCCACAGCCACAACUCACCCGUGAUGUUGUUAUCCUUUCUUGUUGUCCGGACUUCUCAAAUCUUGACCAUUGUACAUGUAUCUCUUGUGUAUCUGAUUCGAAUUUGUUGAAAUAAGUUUUUGUAUUUUGUCCUUUGAUUGUUAUGAAAGAUCAUGCGUUUGACACUGGCA